AGAACACGUACACAGUGUCUUAUAAAGGUUCACAAAAGUUGGCGGCCAAAAACCUCAUAAUAAGUCAUUUCUCGCAUAAUAAGACAGCUUUCGCGGUGAUUCGUUGCGCGAUGAUUUCGGCAUAUGUAGAAAUGGUGUAAAGCGUUAUUUCAACGGUCGUUCAAAUUGGUCUGAAUGCAUUCUAUUCUAAUAAUUUUACGAAUGUCAGAUGCUCAAAUUACAAGCUUUACAAGCUAAUAUACAGCCCUAGAUGUAUUACAUUUGUAUCCAAAAGAGAAUGAAAUAUGUUGUAUCGCAAAAGGAAAUAAGCGUUUCAAAACAAAAAACGCUUGGCAAAAUUGACAACGUGUGUCAAUGUCCGCCCUAUAUUUCUCUCUCGCUUCUUUUUAUCGCAAAGGAAAAAGAAUACGUUAUGCGCCAUUUUCCUACGUAAGCUUGCACCUGUUCAUCAAGCAAGGUCUUGCGGGCAACCGGUUUGCAAUAUUCGUUCGACAGUAUUAUCUACGGAAGCACGCGGUUUCGAGCGGCGUAAAACAACAGACACUUUCUAUCGUGUGUUGCAAAUAAACAAUAGGAAACUCCAAAAUGUCCCUACAGGAGAACUUCGACAAAGCGGUUGAGGAUGUGAAGAACCUGGUCGCAACACCCGCCGAUGCCGAUCUGCUGGAAAUCUACGGGCUGUACAAACAAUCUACGGUCGGUGACUGUAAUACGGAGAAGCCGGGCUUCCUUGACUUUAAGGGAAAGUCCAAGUGGGAAGCUUGGAACGGCCGCAAGGGCAUGUCGCAGGAUGACGCCAAACAGGCGUACGUUGCGAAGGUGCAACAAUUGAUCCAGCAGCAUGGUCUAAAGUAAGAACCCCCAUCCACCAACAAAAGGGACACACAGCCAUUAGGUAAAGAUUUUGGACAAAAACGGGCGGCAGAGUAUGGUACAAAAACAAAAAUGGCCAUCAAAAGGAGAGAUGGCUUUGCGCUAUCGUUUUCAUGGCUUCCGGACAUAUUAUGAGUUUUUACAUGCGACUCGCUCUCACACACGCCCUAGGUGGCGUUUAGUGAUCUGGAGUUUGUAGGGAUAGCGGACAAAAAAAAAAAGAACGAACGGCACAUACUCAUAUGCUCAAAGCCGAUGUGUGCUUGUGUUAUUAAAAACACACACAGGACGCGUUCGAAUGUGCGUAGUUAGGGAGCGGUAGUAAUGCUAAUUUAGAAUUGCAAAUUUCGAAUAAUCUCUACGUUACAUACGGUGUGUGGAACAUGAAUCUUUACAAUGCUACUUCGCUCUAGUAUGAUAAAUUAAUUUCGUUGGAAUUUGUUUUUUUCAUUAACAAUGUUUUUUUCUCUUGUUUUGUUACAAAAUGUCUAAAGACGAAUUAUGAAUUGAAUACUCUUUCUAAAAGAGAAACGCACACACAUGGUGACAGUGAAUAAAGUACUUGAACUCAAAAAAUAAAAA